AUGUCUACAGGACCCACUCCUAUCAUUCUUCAAAGCGUCAAUGGACGAGAAUUCUCCAACAUAAUUAUAGAAGAACUGUGCUCCAUGUGGAAAGAUUUGAAGAUAGUGCACGGUAAGCCAAGAAACAGUCAGUCACAAGGAUCUGUUGCGAAUAAAGACACUGAAAAUAUACUAGUUCAGAGAAAAGUUCAUAGUUGGAAAACAAUCAAACAAACAAGUGGUCAGUUGUCAAGAGGGUCUUCGAUCUGUACAAUUCACCAAGAGCUGAGCUUACCUUUCUGGCAUCAAGUGCAAUGCUUUAAAAAUACUUCGACUGAAGAAGAUUUAGAAGUAGAAGAACAAAUAGAAGAAACCCAGUCAGGUCCUGAUUCUGGAGAACGUGAAGAAGCAGAAGUGGAUGAACCAAAUGAGCUUCUAAUAGAACAAAAACCAGAAAAACCUGAGCAUCCAUCAGUGAAUGAAUCUAAUGCGAUUCUAAAAGAACUAUUUUCUAAUCAAAUUUCAGAGAAGCGAAAUUGUGUAGCAAUUAAACGGACACGUGCAAAGGAAGGUCUUGACAAGAACACGAAGAAAAUGCCUUAA